ACGGCCGCUGGGCAGCGCGGCCGGAGGGUGGCGGCGGGUCGGCUGGGCCUGCGGGCGCUCGGACGCUGGGACUCCCCGGGAACGGCGGGCGCGGAGAAACGGCCAGAAGGUUGAGAACCACUGAAAAACACUGCUGAUGCCCGGGCCUACAUGAAGACUUGGAUUUAAUUGGUCUGGAGUGGGGCCUGGGCUCCAUCCCGUGAUUCUCGUGUGCAGCCAAAGGAUGGCACUCCCCACGCUGCCCCCCUCCUGGUGCAGCCGGAGACUCCUGGACCAGCAGGUAGCACGGCAGCGACACCGAGAGCAGGAGGCCCGGCUUCGGCAGCAGUGGGAUGAGAACAGCCGCUACUUCAGGAUAUCGAACGCCUGCAGCUCCAAACAGGCGGAAUGGAGCUCCCAGGCCUCCUACCAGCGGAGGGCCACCAAACUGAAGAAGGAGCGGGAGAACCUGCUGAAGCAGCGGUGGGAGCUGGAGCGGCUGGCGGAAGAGAGGAAGCAGAUGGCAGCCCUCCGGCAGAAGGCGGAGCUGGGACGUUUUUUGAGACAUCAGUAUAACGUGCAACUCAACAGACGCGCACAGCAGAUCCAAGAGGAACUGGAGGCGGACAAGCGCAUCCUGCAGGCCCUCCUGGAGGAGGAGGAGGAGGCCCAGCGGGAGCACUCGGCGCGGCGGGAGCAGGCCCGGGCGGAUGUGGCGUGGAUGCAGCAGGUCCUGGAGGAGCAGCUGCAGCGGGAGCGGGAGCAGGAGGCAGAGCUGCAGAUGCUGCUGAGGGAGGAAGCCAAGGAGAUGUGGGAAAAGAGAGAGGCCGAGUGGGCCCGCGAGAGGAGCGCACGGGACAGGCUGAUGGCCGAGGUCCUGACAGGGAGACAACAACAAAUACAAGAAAAGAUUGAACAAAACCGACGGGCGCAAGAGGAAUCCCUAAGACAUAGGGAGCAACUUAUUCAGAACCUGGAGGAGGCAAGAGAGUCAGCUCGUCGAGAGAAAGAGGAGAGUGAGGAACUGAAAUCAGCCAGGAAACAGGAGCUGGAAGCCCAGGUGGCAGAGCGCCAGCUGCAGGCCUGGGAAGCAGACCAGCAGGAGGCAGAGGAAGAGGAGGAGGCGAGGCAGGCAGAGCAGCUCACCAAUGCCCUGCUGCAGCAGGAGGCAAAGAUGAUGGCCAAGCAGGGAUACCGGCCCAAGCCUUAUGGGCAUCCCAGAAUUGCUUGGAACUGACUUCCUUGCCACUGGAAGCACAGAGCUGAGGUGCGAAGGCUGUUGAUAUGCAGCAGCAGACGGUGCGACAACGUCCUGUUCUAGUGUUGGGGUCACUGGCAAUAGCUCAGCGAGCCUGUGCAGGUCCAGGUUAAGUGGAUCAAGGGCUGGACAGACUAACACCGGCAGGAGGCCUUCCCUCCUUUCCGAGUUAAGAAAGGGGCUAGGAUCACACACGGACCGUGCUGUUCAUGAGGAAUCUAAGGCUCUAAGUU